AUGGCGCCGGUGAAGCGCAAACGACCCCACGACGAACCCGAACCGCCUCCUCCCCCCACCGCCGCCGCUGCCGAGUCGAUGACGCGUCGCGCAACGCGUCAAACUCCGAUCCUGCCUCCUCCGAUCCCGACCUCCACCGCCGCCUCUCAACCGCACUUGCAGCCCUUGCUCCCCGCCGCCGUCGCCGAGGAGAAGAACCCCGGCGGACAUCGCCCCUCGAAUUCAAGACCACAGCCGCCGACCAAAUUCUCCGAGACCCCUAUCCCUAUACCGAAGCACCCGUCCUCUUUGACGGCGCAUCCUUCACCACUUCAAAAACCGCUCGUUCAAUCGACAAGCCAGCAGCCGUCGGUUCCUACGGUCCCGGAUUCCCGCGUUGCAGCGCGUCAAAGACACGGAGGCGCAGCCGACUCUCCAACGAUGGCGGCCAAGGAGGCAAAGGAAAACAUGAGGCCCGUGACGCUCGUCGCGCCCAAGAUCACAUACCAAGCGCCGCAAACGCAACUCCACCGGACAGGCAGUCUCGUUCGACCUAGCCCUCCCACGGGCCAGCCGCCCAUCACGCAGCACUUCCGACCCGUGUCAACGCGACCAUAUCACACCAUCCCCAUGACCGUCACUGCCGUGCCCGUCCCUGUGCCCCCCACGUCGUCAUCGACACAUUCGAAACCCGUCCAGCCCCCAGUAGCGGUGGCACCGCGGACGGUGGACAAGUCAGCCCCGCGGACGGACCGCAACAUCGACAAGGUGAUGCUCGGCAACAUCUGCUUCCGUGCGUGGUAUCCCUCAUACUACGGCAAGGAAGUCCUCGGCGACGCCGCGGGCGCCAAGGGCGGUGCCGGCAGCAAGAACUCGCUGUCCCACGACCUCGCUGGCGGCACCAACAGCAACAGCGGGGGCGGUGGCGCAAAGAACAAUCAGCGCAAGGGUGCCGACGCCCCCAUGCUCGACAGGCUCUACGUGUGUCCCGUGUGCUUCAAGUACUCGAAGGAGCUGGUGGCGUGGUGGGGCCACGUCCGCGUGUGCGAACGCGCGGGGACGGUCCCGGGGAGGAAGGUCUACAUUCACCCGCGCGGCAGGAGACUGGUGCGAAAGGAGAUUGCGCGGACGACGGGGAAGAAGACGAACGUUGCGCCCAAGUAUACCGAGGAGUACGUCACGGACGAGGGGGAGUGGAGUGUGUGGGAGGUUGAUGGCGAGCAGGACGUGCUCUUCUGCCAAAACCUCUCGCUUUUCGCCAAGCUCUUCCUCGACAAUAAAUCCGUCUUCUUCGACGUUCGCGGCUUCAACUACUUCCUCCUCGUCUACACGCCGCCGCUGAAGCCCGACAGUCCGGACCCGCCGCCGCGCCCGCACAUCGUCGGCUUCUUCUCCAAGGAGAAGAUGUCGUGGGACAACAAUAACCUCGCCUGCAUCCUCGUGUUCCCACCGUGGCAGCGCAAAGGCCUCGGCGCGCUGCUGAUGGGCGUGUCGUACGAGAUCUCGCGGCGCGAGGGCGUGCUCGGCGGACCGGAAAAGCCCAUCUCGGAGCUGGGCCGCAAGGGAUACAAGCGGUUCUGGGGCGGCGAGGUCGCGAGGUGGCUGCUCGACUGUCCGACGAACGGGAGGGGUGGUGGAGGAGACACCGACCCGGCGUUGUUGGUCGAUGUCGAGGACUGCAGCCGAGCGACGUGGAUCACGUUGGAGGACUGUCUCGGCACCUUGCGGGAGAUGGGGGUCGUAGUGGAGGCUGGCAAGGGGCCCGGGAAGCCUCGAACGAAGAACAAGAAGAGGAAGACGGGUGGCGAUGGCGCGGAAGCAGAGGAUGGGGAAGGAGAUGAGGACGUGGAGAUGGAGGGUGCAGGGCCUGAGUCCGAGCCCGAACCCGAGCUACGGCCGGACGUGCCGCGGGUCAGGGUUGACAAGGCGGCUGUCUGGGCUUGGGUUGCCGCGAACGGGGUCAGCCUGGAGAAGGUGUGCGAUCCGGACGGUUUCGUGGAGGGGUAUGCUAUCAAGGAGCCGGACGCGGAAGAGGACGACGAGUGA